AUGAUUCGAGGUCCCAAGCCAACAAAGGCUUGUGUCAAUUGUCGGCGACUUAAGAUGAAAUGUGAGGUCUCAGGGCCCCCACCUUGUCGCCGAUGUCGCCAAACCCAAGCAACUUGCGUUUUCAAACCUCGUGCUAAUGCCUCUACAAUCCAUGAUUUGCUUGACCAAGAGCGGACAGACUUAUUCAACAUACACCCCGCAAUUCGUGACCAGCAAGCUAUUCUGGAUCGAUUAGAUCGAAUUGAAGCCGCUUUGGGAAUUGACCGAGAUAUAUUUGAGGACCCUGUUGUUUCCUCAGUGUCAUCACGAGAAGAAGGGGACCAAUCAAUACCUCUAAAAGGAGCUUGGGAAGCCGUGGCUCAUCUCAGGUCCAUUACUCGCCCAGCCCAAGAUGAGUCCAUUUGGUCUCGACCAAAUGUCAAACGUCUUUGGACUUCAUUUCUCAGCAAUCUACCACUUCUUCAUUUCUUAAAAGACCGCGAUGCUUUUACGUCCCCAACACCUUUGUUGCUCGCUUCUGUUCUUUACAUAUCCGCUCUGCACCACAGAUCCCCAGAGUUAGGAUCCCUAGAAGCGGGCUAUUUUACGGCAAUAUGCUGCGCAAUAGCUGAGCUAGCAUCUGCGAGUUUAAAUACCAGCCUUACUUCUAGACAGGAGCAGGACUUAGAUACUAGGAAACGCAGGGCCUUUCAUAAUAUCCUUGGUUUGAUAAUGGCAAGUCUGAGCUCUGAGGCUUAUGUCGACACGACCGGUGUAUGGAUUGCAAUGGGAUACCGACUCUGGCUCGACCACUGCCCACCUGAUUUCAAUGAUGCCGUGUUAGACUGGCGUGGAAUAUUUUCAGGUCUUCAAGUCAUAGAUAUCGAACAUGCAUCCAUACACAUGUCCUACCCCCUCCUUCCCCGUCAACCACCAACACCUGGGUUUCAGCGCCUAGACAGCCAUCAAGGACAUGCCUUUCAAGGUCUGGCCGAAAUGAUGCACUUUGGUCUCAGCCACUUUGUGGGAAGAGGGCUACCCACAAUCUGGUGCUCAAUCAAUGCAGAUGUCUCCGACAACAUUCCAGUUGUUCAAAGUCCAUUCACAGAUCAAGACUCUGAGGUCAUUCGGCUCUGGGCCCGAAAACUUGAUGAUUGGCUUGUUCGGUAUAAUGGGGCGUCUCAACCGUCUCCGUCGGAUCGACAGGGAAUUUUAAUCCUGUUGCAGUAUCAUCUGCACAAGCUUUACGUAUUAUCUAUCUAUCACCCUGCCCGAGGAUUCGAUCUCAGUUCCGCAAAUAUAAGUCCGCUUGAGAGACAUGAGUUGCUCGUGUCAGCACGAGCGGUUCUGAGACUGCGACAAGAUGAUGCUAGCAUUUGGUCCAACUGGGAUUUGAUUAUGAUUACAUGGGCUGCUGUUUUGCUUCUAAGGGGCGUAGAAGAUGGCAUGACCCACCCAGAUGACCUGCACCUCAUUCAAUCCCAUCUUCAGAGUUUAGAAAGAAGCUCCCAAUACACAGUCAGUAUACACACUGUUCUGUCACAGCGCCUCGAAUCCAGUAUGCAAGCCAUGCAUACUCCACCGGAUACAAGCACUAUGUUGGCAUUCCCGGGUCCUAGUACUGAUGAUUCAUGGACUAUCUUCGAUCACGAAAUCAUGUCUCUAGCAAAUCCGCCUUGGUUAUUUCAAGAUUCGACUGUGUUUCCAAAUACCCAAAAGUCUCAAGUGUCUAUCGGGCUGCCCGUCCCUUAUGACUCCGGCUUACUGGAUAGUGGUACACAGACCUUUGAAGCAAAUUCAACCUGGAAUCACGCCGAGUAG